AUGCCUGAUCCGGCUGUUGCCAGACCGAACACCCUGCAGGACGUCGCGCAGGCGUUGGGGCUCUCGGUGGUGAACGGAGGGUUUCAGGCACCGGCGGCAGGACGCCUCGAUGAUCUUCACCUGUGCAGUAAUUCGCCCAUCAAUGGACUCACAGCUCUCAGCAAUGGGACCAUACUGAUAUUUAAAGGUGAGCUCUUCUGGGCAGUGGACCCCGUCACUCGUUUGGUGGGUCGUCCACAGAGCAUCACAGACACUCUGGGUGUCGCCUCUCCCAUCGAUACCGUCUUCACGCGCCCCAACUGUCAGAGAAACACCUACAUUAUUAAGGGGGAUCAAUACUGGCGUUUAGAUGGGAACCUGGUGCUGGAGCCGGGGUUCCCCAAACCUUUGGCCAAUGAGUUUCCGGGUCUGACAGGAGGAAUCAGUGCAGCGCUGGCAGUGCCAGCAACCAGCGGCAGAGCAGAAACGGUUUUCUUCUUCAGGAACGGAGACAUCAUGCAGAGGUUCACUUUCCCACCAGCCAGCGUUCCUUCGUGCGCCAAGAACCCACAGAGCUCCUCCGUGAGACGCGUUGCUCGGCAGGCAGAAGUUCUUCUGAGUGGAGAGAUCAACAUCAAGAUGGCUCUGAAGGGAUUCCCCACCCCUGUCACCUCUGCCCUGAGCCUUGAGAAUCCUCAAGUUGGCAACGGAUACCAGUACUACGUCUUCUCUGGACCUCUCUUCUUCAGUGUCCACAUCUCAGGCAAUCUGCCCGCCCUGGUUAAGCCUGGACCCUCAGCAGUCUUCAGUCCCAUCUUCAGUCCAGCGACUGUGCCGGCGGCACCACUGACUGACGCCCAGAACCCGAACCCGAACCCGAACCCGAACCCACUCCUCCCAGCCAACUCCAUCAUGGUGUGGCUCCGCUGUGCUUAA